AUGAGGCUAUACUUCACUUCAUUGACUGCAUUGGCCGUUCUUGUCACUGCUGCUGUUGCUAAAAGCACCACUUGUGAGAACGACGAGAUUGUUGUUUGUAAAGGCAAUGGCAACGCUGGUCUUUUGUCCUUGGGAAACAUUGCCCCGGGACUCCUCGGCGAUAAUUGCUCAAGCGGACCUGUUUACUGCUGCUCCCAGGAUGAUGUUGAACAGGUCCAACCAAUUACUGCAAGUUUUAUCAUGCCGAUUACUUUGGAAAGAUCCGACUCCACUCCUUGA